ACUUGAACGAAACUUCUAGAAGGAUGCUGAUAAAAUACGCGGGUCCAGUUAAAGUGUUUGAACCUUGGGUAAAAAUACCGAAGAAUAUCUCUGAAGAUUACUAUCAUUAUCCUACUUUGGCAUCGUGUUACCAUAGAUGUCCCAGUAAAUGUCCGGAUACGUAUGCGCCUGUGUGCGGCGUGGCGGGCGUGGUGGCACGGGAGCCGGCUCUAAUGUUCCAGAACCAUUGCUACAUGGAUGUGGCACAAUGUAAAAUGAAGUGGGAAAACAAGAGCCCGACAGCCUCCAGCUCAAAUUACAUUGAGUCUACAUUUUUGUUUUGCUUGGGCGAUGAGCUGAGCAGCUUGUAUCGAUUCCUGCCUCUCGUCAGGACGCUGCAGCGGAUGGGGCGGCUGAAGAAGAAAGGAUAUUUUAGAUAUAAGUUUAGGAAUAUGAAAUUCUUCAACAAUCUGCUAUCUUAUCAACCGAAGCUAAUGGGAUGAGAAAUGUUGCUAUAACAGUAUUUAAUCAUUAGGAAUAUUAAUAAAACAUUUUAAUUUUAA